AUGGAAAAUCCAGAAAAACUAGUUAGCGAAAUGGAUUCUACUUCAUCUGAGAACAAGGCCCCACAGGAAAAAACCUUUGAAUGGAACAAGCAAGACGACUCUCGCACUGCAGGUCCAAGCUCUACAUCUUCCCCAUGUUUGACAACUAACAGGACUGAAAUGUCGCCUUCCGAGUGGGAGUUUGUAACUUACCGCGAAAUCCCGUACGAGCCGUUUGAAUUCUGGGACGAGCUACGAAACCAAACGCCCACACGAAACAUUGUUGUUACUUCAAGUAGGCUACGCGCCCUUAAUCCAAGAAUUUUAGCUGAUUUUGAUGAAAACGCUGACAAAGUUUUAAUGGAGCAUGAUGAAACGCAAAUUCUGCCAGAGAAUGUUUCUGAUAACGAGGACAACGCAGCGCUAAAUGAAGAUGUUAGUCCAGUAAACUCUAAUCGUAGCAAGAAUUCUUCAAACUACAGCAGCGACAGUGAAAUUCAAAGUCCAGAAGACGGUAGCUCCGAAGACAGUGACUUUUCACUUCACAGUUCACUUCACAGUUCACUUCUCAGUAGCGACAGCGAUAGCUGGAUUGGUCGGUCCAGAAGAGCUCGGAGAAGGAGUACAAGAAGACUGGCCAGGAAGAUUGACAGCUCAUCUGGAUCGUCUGAUUCGCUAGACGAGGUUUUUAGUGGCAGAAAAAGCGAAUUUGAGGAAUCCCUCUUGGACACGAGCUCGAUAUCUGAUAUGUCCGAUGUGUCUGUUGCUGGAGUAUUUGAUUCUGAUGAUGACCUAUUUUCAUGGAGAGAUUCGUAA